AGUGCGCGCCAUUCCAGCUGUUUGGUAAAAGGAAACUUGGAAUUGUUUAAUUAUCCUGUCUGCAAAAAGUGUAUAUAGAUUGUUAAGUGUAAUUGGACAACUGCAGUAAACAGCAUGUCCAGCGAAGGAAGUUUGUCCUCCAAAUGGACGCGCCCCGAUGAUUUUAUAAAGCUCCAGCGGCUUAAACAGAAGAAGAACAAGUUAGCUGCUCGUGUUAGCAACAACAACAACAACAAGCGACCUGAUCUUCAGCUGGAUGAGACUGACAAGAGCAAACUACUGGAGGCCAAGCUGGCCCAAAAGCGAAAGAAUCCCUUUGCCAAGUCCACAGAUGCCGCCAAGAAGCUGCGAGUUGAUCUGGAAGUGUCGGAAAGCGAGCCCGUGGUCACCGCCUCUUCCUGCUUUGUGCGGGAAACCCCGACACGUCCGCCGCCUGCGAAGUUCGCGCUCCAGAAAUAUGACCCCCAAGCCUUUGCCAAACUAUUCCAGCAGCCCCAAGCCAGUGCAGAGGAUGAGGAGGAUGCUGAUUUGGCUGCCCGGCAGAAGCACACUGCCCAUCUGCCCGUGGACUGGUGCCUGAAGACGCGAGCCCGCUUUUUCUGUCCCACAGAGCUGCCCGCCAUCCAGCUAAAGACCUCGCAACUGGCCAGCGGCCUCACCAGCUUCGUUCGCUGCAUGGAUCCGCAGCGAACGGAGAGCACGUUGGACAUCUCGGAUGCCACGCGGUUCAAUCAGUGCACGUAUUACUGGCAGCACCCGCAUCUGCCUUGGCUGACGCUCUUUCCACGCACCGCCAAGGAAAACGUGGGCGUGGUUGUGGGCGAACGGGAGCGCAAGGCUCUGGCCGAGGAGUGGGAUUACAGCUUUCGGGGGCUGUUCCAGCUCUUGCGUGCUCGGCAGUGUCCCUACUUCUACUUGUGCGCCAACACAUUUACCGUGCUAUUCCGAGCUGCAGGAGUGGGUGGUCGGGCGGAGAGCCAUGCUCUGGUCACGCCCUCAACGCGCGGAAUGCGUCAGGCCCUGCGUCAAGAGGGCAUUGAGUUCACCAUGCCGCUGAAGAGCGAGGCAAGCGGAAGCGCGCAAGACAACAGCUUCACCGAGGAGAGCACCAGCAGCUCUUUGCCCCAAGAGACAGCGGAGGACAUCCCGGCGGCACCUGCCCAAGAAGAUGAGGACGAAGACGAGGACUGGCUGGAAAGUUUGGGCGUAGACGAGAGAGAGCUGCGUCGCAUCAAGUCCUCGCAUGCCAGGAAACAGCAGGCUGCCGAGAUGCGCGAAGAUUUCAGCGAUAACUCACUUCUCCUAAUCGAUGGUGUCGAGUGCCAGGGAUUCUUCAGCUACCUUCUGAAUGCCAAGAGUGCCAUCAGUACGGUGGGACGCCUGGCCGGGGUGCCACCCACUCUACUCUCUCCAGUGGCCUUUCCCAAGGCCACCAUGCAGCACUUGGUGCCGCGGUCCAAGAAGGUACGCCUCGACGGCGUCGACUACUUCAGUGUGGACAUCAAGGGUCUGAUCCUACCCACAUUUCUACCCAGUGUGGCGGAGUUGCUCUGCGAGACGCGCCAGAUGUUCAGCUCAACGCUGGCCAGCAGCAUCAACACGCUGGCGUUCAGCAAGGCCACACAGAAGUUGCUCGAGAGCCCGGAAACGCCCCAAUCGGAGGGUGAAGGAGAGGAUGCCGCCGGACAGGUCUUUGGCGAGCAGAAUCUCUCCGAAUGCGGCCUGCUGCCACAGGUCGUGGCCUCAAUUUGUCGCACUGGACAGCACGCGGUCGGUCUUCUAGAGCGAGUUUGUUACCAAAGGGGCGAGGGAUAUGCCUGGAGCUAAGGGUCGAUCCGCUUUUGCUUGGGCAUCGCCCUGUUGCCUUAGUCUUAAUUUGUAUGUUUUGUUACUUGUAAUAAAAUUGU